AUGUCCGAGGGCCAGCCCGGCGUUCCGCUGACCCUCGACGUUGGUGUUCUGGACAUGGCGACCUGCGAGCCCCUCGAGAACGUCCUGGUUGAUUUCUGGCACUGCAAUGCCACCGGCAGCUACUCCAGCUUCACGGCGCUCAGCCCGAACACGCCGUUCUUGGAGCUGCUGCAGUCGCUCAAUAUCUCCUCAGAAGACUAUAAUAUCGGCGUCACUGAUCUCCACACGGACGAUACGACCUUCCUGAGAGGCAUGUGGCCCACGGAUUCGAACGGCAUGAUGGAGAUGAAAACAAUCUUCCCCGGCUUCUACGUGGAGCGGGCGAUCCACAUCCAUGUGCGGGUAUACAACAACUGGGUGCUGCGAGAGAACGGCACGCUCUCGUCGGGCGACAUCGUCUCGGCGGGCCAGCUGUACUUCGACGAGGAGCUCGAGGAGAAGAUCAUGGCCCUCGACCCUUAUGUGACGCACACUGAGAUCAACCGCACGACGCAUGCUGUCGACAACAUUUUUGCAGACUCGUUUGCCGGCGGGUACGAUCCUGUUGUCUCCAUUGUGGCCGCCGACGGCGAGGAUGUUACCAAGGGAAUGAUCGGAUAUAUCACAAUUGGUGUUGAUACCACUGCUAUUGAGACUCACAGCCUGGGUGGGCUUGAUGAGCCGGUUGAUGAGAACGGUCAUGAUGUCUAA